UAUCUGUUGUCCAGUCUCAUCCAUAUUCUUCAGUAAACACCGCUCUUACGCUACACUCCCGCGGCGCUGAGCAGUGAGCAGUGAGCAGUGAGCACUCGAGCAACAUCUUUUGUUCUAUUCUCAAGUGCCAGCAACCCAAGAGAUAUAGCUUCGUCUCUGGAUGGGUCACACCGGCCGCCGGAUCAAACCCCUCGGCCUCCUCCCCGGAGCGACUCACCAGCACAGUCAGGAUCCGGGACCCAACGACGACCCGGCGUGAUCCUUUCCCCCCCACCCCCCCCCUUCACCCCUAGCCCAAGAUGGCAUCCGCCUCCUCCUACGUCUUCUCCUCCGCCGAGCACGCCCACCUAACCCCCUACCUAGCGGCCCUACACGCUUCAUGCGUGACCCACGACCACAUGAUGGGCACCUUCCUCCCGCCGCUCAACCACGAGAAGCUCCUCGCCUGGUGGAAGGACCGGAUCGCCGAGGCCAACGCGGGCACGCGCCUGAUCCUGCUGCUGCUGUCCGAGUCGGCGCCGGGGACGCGCGCCAAGGGCCCCGAGCUCGUCGGCGUCGUCAUGCUCGGCAUGCCCGCCUCCGAGACGGGGCCGUUCCGCGCGCACGUCGAGGACCUGCUCGUCAGCCCCCGCUACCGCCGCCGCGGUGGCGCGAGGUCCCUCAUGGCCGCCGUCGAGGCGGAGGCCGCUGCGAGGGGGAGGACAUUGCUUAUGCUGGACGCGGAGACUGAGAGCUCGGCUGAGGAGGUGUUUAGGAAACUCGGAUACGUUGAGGUUGGCAAGAUCCCGAGGUAUGGGCAGAGCCCGUCGGGAGAAGUCAGGGGUCGGACUUUCUUCUAUAAAGAUCUUGCGUCCUAGUAGGGCCAGGGCAGCAUUGGUCGCAAGUUCAUGCCUGACAAUCUCGACAUAGAAGAGGUUGGUAUUUUGUAUUAUAGGCACAUGGCGAUACCCCCGAUGUAGGUGUCAUUUUGGAGUCUCAUGAAAUUCCUUGCCUUUUGACGACGGGGAGGUGCGCUACGCCGUCAUACAUCACUCGCUCCAAGCGACGCAGCUGGCCGGGUGAAUAAACUGCAUCCCAUA